AUGAUGAGCGGACAGACUUAUGAGAAGAAGGUAGCGAGCAUUUUGACCGAUCUCCCCGGAUCUAUGAGUUGCCACCCGAGCUCCAAGGACUCUCCGACUCUCCCGGAGUCCUCAGUCACGGACAUGGGCUACUACAGCGGACAGACGGCUCACAGCCAUCACGAAUAUUACCAGAGUCAAACCUACGGGCAACAAAUGAAUGCCUACCAUCACCAAUUUAACCUGAAUGGAAUGGGUGGUGCAGGAGUUUAUCCCACCAAGUCUGAAUACCCUUACACAAAUUCCUACAGACAAUAUGGACAUUACAACAGAGAUCAUCUGCAGGCUUCACCUCAAAGCUCAGUGAAAGAAGAACCCGAGCCUGAAGUUCGUAUGGUGAAUGGAAAACCAAAGAAAAUCCGCAAGCCGAGAACAAUUUACUCCAGCUACCAACUAGCAGCGUUGCAGAGACGUUUUCAGAAAGCGCAGUACCUCGCCCUCCCCGAGAGAGCCGAACUUGCUGCUCAAAUGGGACUGACGCAGACACAGGUCAAGAUUUGGUUCCAAAACCGGAGGUCCAAAUUCAAGAAGCUCUACAAGAACGGAGAGGUUCCCCUCGACCACAGCCCAAACGCCAGCGACUCCAUGGCGUGCAACUCCCCGCCAUCCCCGACGGUCUGGGACAAUAACUCUCUCACUACCCCGCCCAGCAGGCCCCAAAUCCCGCAGCCACCCCUCAGCUCGUCGCCCCCCUACCUGGAGGAUUAUAGCAACCACUGGUACCAACAGGGGUCGCAUCUACAGCACCCGGGCGCAGUGCACCACCCUGUAGUACCACAGCAAAGCGUUGGGGCUGCUUAUUAA